AUGGCCCGUAUACCAUCCAAGCAAUCACGCACUUUGUUCUCAAGCAGCAACACAAAUCGAUUCGUCAAUCAUCGCCGCUUGAACAAAUUAGAACAAGAAGCGAAUGCUUCUCCUACUGACGUUGCUAAACAAGCUCUUCUCUACAAGGAAUGGUUAAGAUCAAAUAAUCCACAAGCUGUCAUUCAUCGAUUUGAACGUGGUAAUUUCACACACAAUGAAGAAGCUUGGCAAUACUACAUUGCAGCAUUAGCACAAACAGGCAAAUCAGAAACCAUUUUGCCCCGCAUUAUGCAGAAAUUAGAAGAAUCAGGCGGAAAAGUACUUGAUAACCCAGCAGCCACAAAAGAAAUCAUUCAACAAGUGAUUGCUAGUCGACAGGGCGGUCAAGCCAUCUCGUCGUCUUCCUUGGGUGGUUCUGGUAAUAAAUCAAAUCCUAUCUACGUGGUUGUAGAGGAAGCACGCAAAUAUAUGUUUUGGAAAGCACUUCGAUGGGUGGGUGUCACGCUUACUUAUGCUUUCUGUAUCUUGACCAUCUUAUCCUUGGCACUUGAAAACUCUGGAUUGCUCAAGACAACCAGUUCACAAACAGAAUACGAGCCUGUCACACAAUCAACUGUUAAGUUUGAAGAUGUACAAGGUGUGGAUGAAGCAAAGCAAGAACUAGAAGAAAUUGUCGAGUUCUUAAAGAACCCUCAUCGUUUCACAGAGCUGGGUGGCAAGCUACCCAAGGGUGUGUUAUUGACAGGUCCUCCAGGUACAGGUAAAACCAUGUUGGCCAGAGCUGUUGCUGGUGAAGCCAAUGUACCCUUCUUUUUCAUGAGUGGCAGUGAAUUUGAUGAAAUGUAUGUUGGUGUUGGUGCUCGAAGAGUGAGAGAAUUGUUUGCUGCUGCUAGAGCAAAGGCGCCCAGUAUUGUGUUUAUAGAUGAAAUUGAUGCCAUCGGCUCAAAAAGAAAUCCCAAAGACCAAUCAUACAUGAAACAAACACUCAACCAACUUCUAGUUGAUCUAGAUGGUUUCUCACAAACAGAAGGCGUCAUCUUUAUUGCUGCUACUAAUUUCCCUGAACUUCUUGAUAAGGCUCUUGUGCGUCCUGGUCGAUUUGACCGACUUGUGAAUGUGCCCUUACCCGAUGUACGUGGUAGAAUUGAGAUCUUGAAGCAUCAUAUGAAGAAGAUUCAAGUAGCAAAAGAGGUUGAUGUAAGUGUAGUGGCAAGAGGCACGCCUGGCUUUAGCGGUGCAGAUUUAGCCAAUUUGGUCAAUCAAGCAGCCAUCCAGGCCAGUCGUGAAAAUUCUAAAGAAGUUCAUUUGUGCCACCUUGAAUAUUCAAAAGACAAGAUUAUUAUGGGCGCAGAGCGUAAAUCCGCUGUGCUGACAGAAGAAAAUAAGCGUUUGACUGCAUACCACGAAGGAGGUCAUGCUCUUGUUGCUUACUAUACACCUGGUGCUAUGCCUUUACAUAAAGCUACUAUUAUGCCUCGAGGAUCUGCACUAGGCAUGACUGUGCAGUUACCAGAGAUGGACAAGGAUUCUUUUACUAAAAAAGAGUUUACUGCACAAAUUGAUGUGUGCAUGGGAGGCAGAGUAGCAGAAGAACUGAUUUUCGGCCAAGAUAAUGUAACCAGUGGCGCCAGUAGUGACAUCAUGAAAGCUACAGACGUUGCCAAAAGAAUGGUACGCUAUUAUGGUAUGAGUGAAAAAGUGGGUCCUGUCAACCAUGACGAUGAAGACAUGCAAUUGCUGAGUGCUCAAACAAAGCAAUUGAUUGAAAGUGAAAUCUUGAGCCUAAUUGAAUCUUCUGAAAAAAGAGCCAAACAUAUCCUCGUUGAACACCGCGAAGAAUUAGAUAGAUUAGCAAAUGCUCUAGUUGAAUAUGAAACCUUGGACUAUCAGGAGAUCAUCGAUGUUUUGGCCGGUAAGCCUAUUUCAAGGCCUAAAUAA